AUGUCGGGAGAAGAUCAGAGUUUGUCAGAAGUGGAGAUGAGUCCUGGAGCCUCCGACGAUGCUCUCUCGCUGUCGCCUGGUCACUGCUCGGGAGCAAUGGGCGGGAGCGACUCACCUUUAGUCACGCCACAGCAUCAGAUUCCAGGUGUGGGCAGCGAGACAGGUGGAACCGCGGUUAAAUCGGACGAAGAAGAUGAUCGCUUUACGCUUGGCAUUCGUGAGGCCGUCAGCCAGGUGCUGAAUGGCUACGACUGGACUCUGGUGCCCAUGCCCGUGCGCGUCAACUCGGGAAGCAAGAGCAAGCCUCACGUUAAGAGGCCUAUGAAUGCUUUCAUGGUGUGGGCGCAGGCUGCGCGCCGGAAACUGGCCGACCAGUACCCUCAACUGCACAACGCGGAACUCAGCAAAACUUUGGGCAAACUGUGGAGACUCCUAAAUGAGAAUGACAAGAAGCCCUUCAUCGAGGAAGCGGAGAGGCUGCGCAAACAGCACAAGAAGGACUACCCCGAGUACAAGUACCAGCCGCGCCGCCGCAAGAACGGGAAGCUGGCCUCCGGCUCCGAGGCCGACGCCCACUCUGAAGGUGAGGGCAGCCACAGCCAAUCACAAUACAAGAGCCUUCACCUGGAGCACGCCCACUCCGGGGGAGCAGGGUCUCCAUUGGCCGAUGGGCAUCAGCCUCAUUCAGCAGGUCAAAGCCACAGCCCCCCAACACCCCCCACCACUCCGAAGACAGAGCUGCACUCUGGGAAAUCGGGAGAAGGGAAGCGGGAAGGUGGCGGAGGAGGCGGGGCCCGGGGCGGGCUGGGCUCCGCGGGGGAGGGGGCAUCUGGAUCGGGCGCGGGGAAACCGCACAUCGACUUCGGCAACAUGGACAUCGGCGAGAUCAGCCACGAGGUGAUAGCCAACAUGGAGCCCUUCGACGUGAACGAGUUCGACCAGUACCUGCCUCCCAACGGGCACCCGGGCAUGGGGCAGGGCGGGGCGGGGGGCGGCGGGGCGGGGUCCUCGGCCACGCCCUACGCCUACGCCCUGGCCGCGGCCAGCGGACACUCGGCGGCCUGGCUCUCCAAGCAGCACCAGCAGCAGCACUCCUCCCUCAGCCCGGACUCCUCCAAGGCCCAGAUCAAGAGCGAGGCCUCCUCGGGGGGCCACUUCGCCGAGGCGGCCCCAGGGGGGUCCCACGUCACCUACACCCCGCUCGGCCUCCCCCACUACGGCUCGGCCUUCCCUGCGCUGGCCUCCCGGGCCCAGUUUGAGUACGGGGACCACCAGACCUCCGGGUCCUACUACACCCACUCCGGCUCCCCCUCGGGCCUCUACUCGGCCUUCUCCUACAUGGGCCCGUCCCAGAGGCCCCUCUACACCGCCAUCAGCGACCCGGGCAGCGCGCCCCCGUCGCACAGCCCGCCGCACUGGGAGCAGCCCGUCUACACCACCCUGUCCCGACCGUGAGGGGGCGGGAGAGCGGGGCCACAAUUUAGAGACACAGAGGGGGGAGCGCUGCAGUGGGACGGAUAUGGAAGGACUGCUUCCGGUCAGUUUCGAGCUCAGCUCAGAGGGACACUGGAGGGACUAUCACUGCUGAAAAAUCCCUGGUUUAGGUCCGUACGUGCUUCAGUUUAGGAUGCACCCGCUCUCGUUUAGUGUGCCAACAGACACAAAGUCAGAUUUAGGACCAUGUUCUGGGCGAGACGUACAGUACAAAUUAGACUGUUGCUGAUUUGUCCUCAAAAAUGACUCUAAAUGUACAAUAUUUUCAGUUAUGGAAAAAGGAUGAAUGCGAGUCUCAUAAAAAAACUAAAUAUUAGAAGAGAGAUUCAAAGCAUUUUCUUUUUUGGUCUAAACUACGGACACACUUCAUUUAAGUAUUAUGUUGUUUGUACAUACCAUUUCCAAAGUCUGUAUAUAUGUUGAAGCUGUUUGUCACACUCCAAGUCCAGAUGUACACCAUAGAUUGAGCCAGAGGCUCAGAAGACAGACCAAUGAAAGUCAGAAUCGUUUCAAUGAAUAUUCCUUUAAUUGGAGCAUAAAGUACCGUGGAACAUCAAACCCAUGUCCGAGAUCUUAAACGUAAUUUUAAUCAGCUGUGUUGCAUAAAAAUGAUAAAACAGUAACUAAUAUUUUAUGACUGUAUGUCACCGUAUGGUUCACAUAUCAAAACUGAACCUUCCUGCUUGAACUGUCCUCGAUUUCUCUUUUGACUGAUUUUUCGGUUGUCAUUUCAUGUUAAACCUGUAUACGGGUCUACAUGACCUUCUGUUCAUUUAGCACUGACAGUGAGAGCCAAUCAUAUAGAAGCAGCCCAGUCAGCCCUAGUCAGUACAGCAGCGUACGGCCACCAUUGGUAGAGAUUACGCAUCAAGCAAAUGUGGAAGGAGUAGAAAGCAGUCCAGGGGUUUUUUUGAGUUUCCUGCCAUUUAAACGAUGUGCCUUAGCUUACUGCAUGAACGAAACAAAACUGACACUAACCCCCACCUCCGUGAUGAGUCUCAGUGGACUCUUCCAAACAGUCCCAGGGCAAAUUUAACUUUUCAGCUGGGAUUUAAGCUCUGGGUUCAAUGGUGGGAUCAUGCCAAAGUAUUGGGGAAAAAAUGGGGAUGAUACAAAAUGAAGUGUAUAUUCAUAGGAAUAUGAUCAUUUUUAUAUUGAAUAAUACUCCUUUUCGAUUAACCAAACUGAAUUUUUCCUGUAUUUUCAAAGAAAAUUGUAUUAUGCGAUCAUUGCUGUUUUGUUUAACGUUUGCUUAAUUAUUCUUUAAUUAUGUUCUUGUCAUUAAUGUAGUACACUGAUAUGUCUGUGCAUCUCUGUAUAACUAUGUUUUUCAAUGUUUCUUUUUCAAUUGUACAGUUUAGUGCAACACGCCAGUGUAUUUGUCCAAUAAUCAGCUUUAACUUGUUUUAUUAUGCCAUUUUUAUCUUUUAUAUGGCUUUUUUGUCAUUUUAAGGUAGUUAUCACAGAGAUCAGGAGGUGCCUGAGCAUGGAAAUCAGUGAAUGAAGGACUAGGAGGCAGAGAGAGCAGAAAACAUAAACCACAAUCCAUAACGUGCCAAUGUGGACAAUGCAGUGUUCAGUGCUGUGUCCCCCGUGCUCCAAAUAUAUAGCUUGAUCAUCAGAAAAUUGAUUUACUUUUGAUGUUUCCGUAGACUGGGUUCUCUUGUCAGAGGUUAAAGCAGGGUAGAGAUAAAGUUUUGGGAGAGGUGGAUGGGGGAAAAGUCACAAAUCUUUUUGCACACUGUAUGCAAUCUACAUUAAUCCAGUAAAUAUUUGAAAGGACAAACAUUCCAAAUACAGAAGACAAUGAGCUGAAGGGGAAUCAGGGUUUCCUAAAGGGCCUUCAGAACCUGCUCGCGUCAUAUCCUAAGAGCAUUUAAAUCCUCAUUCUACCUUCAGCUUUCCUGAGGGUUGGAACCUAUGCCGUUGCGCACAUUGCCAUUAAAGCAAGAUACAGUUCUAAGCUCAUUUAAAUCACCGAGCAAGCCUUAGGUUCCAUAAGAUUUGUCCUGGAUACUUGCCAAAAUGUGUCUCGGAAUCUGUAGUUAUGAAGCAAUCAUAAAAUAUGUAGUAGGUGAUUGCCAUGUGUUUUGUCUUGAUGCCAAGGAAAUUUGUGGAACACAGGAGGAAAAAUAUGAACAUAUAGCUGUGUAGAAAAAUGCUCUAUUUACAAGGGCCAAUGUUCAUGUGUGUCGAAGUUUAAAACCUGUUCCUAGUUGUCCCUUUCAUUCCUUCCCCAGAAAUGCAGGACCAUGAAGCUCCAAGUUCCCACUUCUGAUCUCUGCCCCUAAACAAUGUGAAGUAUCUUGGGUUUCUUAUUUGAGAUUUGUGCAUUUUAUACAAUACUAUUUCUUAUUGUCUGGUUCAUCUUUUGAAAGGCAUAUUUUACAUUUCUGAAAUGUUGUUUCCUUUUACAACAUAAACUUGUUUUUUAUUGUCAGACUUUGUGUUGUUUUUUAAAUGUUAUGUAUUAAAACAAACUAUUUAUA